UUAAAUGAGAUAGAACUAACGGAGGAGCCCCGUUCGGCGGAAAGCGGCCGUUGUACGCCACGCCCACACUCGUCUAGCAUGAAGAGCCUCUGACAGCGACAUUCUCACCGUAGCAUGAAAGCAACCGCUCCUUCUGGAGAGAGAGAAACUGAGAUUUGUAGAGAGAGGGAGAGAGGCGCUUUUGCCUUUUGAAUAGUCUCUUUUGUUCUCCAGUUUCAUCGAAUGCCAGGUGCUUGAUUCAUCGAAUGGUGUUUGAUUCGCAUUCCGGUCUUCUUUUGUUGAUUUUCUUUACUGGGGAAAUUGUGGCGGUUGCAGAGGAUGAGAAGGGAAGGAGGUCUGAUCCGGAGACGUCUGAGGACGAGCGGCCAAGGAGGCGGAUCAGAUCGCUGAAGAAGAAGGCGAUGAGUGCUUCGACGAGGUUCACUCACACUUUGAGGAAAUGUGGAAAGCGAGUAGUGGAUUGCCAAUUUGCCGCAUUUUCGAUUGAGGAUGUGCGGGAUGCAGAAGAGGAGGAUGCGGUGGAUGCUUUUCGGCAGGUGCUGAUUGCCAAAGAUCUGCUUCCGGCUGCACACGAUGAUUACCAUACUAUGCUGAGGUUUUUAAAAGCAAGGAAGUUUGACCUUGAUAGAACAGUCCAGAUGUGGAAAGAAAUGCUCAACUGGAGGAAUGAGUACAGAGUGGAUUAUAUUUUACAGGAAUUUGUAUUUGAUGAAUAUGAAGACGUUCAGCAUUAUUAUCCUCAUGGUUACCAUGGUGUAGACAAAGAGGGACGACCUGUUUACAUUGAAAGACUUGGAAAAGUUGAACCUAGUAAGCUGAUGAGUGUCACCACAGUGGACCGGUUUUUGAAAUAUCAUGUUCAGGGGUUUGAGAAGGCAUUUGCUGAGAAAUUUCCAGCCUGUUCUAUUGCUGCCAAGAGGCAUAUUGUUUCAACAACAACAAUUUUGGAUGUGCAAGGGCUGAACUGGAUGAGUUUUGGCAAGGUUGCCCAUGAUCUCGUUAUGCGCAUGCAAAAAAUUGAUGGUGACAACUAUCCUGAGACUCUACAUCAGAUGUUCAUCGUUAAUGCUGGCAGUGGAUUCAAACUUCUAUGGAACACAGCAAAAGGUUUUCUUGACCCAAGGACAACCACAAAGAUACAUGUUUUAGGAAACAAAUUCCAGAAUAAACUGUUGGAAGUUAUAGAUUCAAGCAGCCAAUUGCCAGAUUUCCUAGGUGGCACUUGCUUAUGCCAAAAUGAAGGUGGGUGCCUCAGAUCUGAUAAGGGACCCUGGAAUGAUCCAGCAAUAAUGAAACUGGUAAAUGCCAGAGGAAUAUCAUAUGUGAGGAAGGCUAAUAGUUUUUCUGAUGGCGAUGAUUCGGAAAUCAAGCUACUUGCCUAUAAGAUUGCAGGUGGUGAUAUAUCUUCUGCUGAGUCAGGAUCAGAUGUUUGGCUAAGUACUUCUCAAAUUGUGCAAGUAAUGCCACACCGUAACAAAGAAAGGAUGAGGGAUCCGGCAUCCAUCCACGGCCUGGUUCAACCAGUUGACGCAGCUGCUAGAACUGAAGAUGUUGGUUCAAUAAAUCAUACUAAUAGUGUAACACGAAGAGAUCAGCUGAAGUUCAUUCCCCAUGUAGCAAAUUUAAUCGUUCACUUCAUAGUCAAAUUAUUAGCAUGUAUAUUUCUUAUACUCCCAGGGUUAGGGAGAUUUUUCGAGGUAAAAGGUGCAAAGAAAGAGUUAGGAAACAAGUGCAAACCUCAGCUGGCAGGUGUGCAUUCUCAAGAACAGCAUACAUUGUGUGGUAUAGAGGAGGACCAACUCCAUCCAUGUUUGCAGAGACUGCAAAAUUUAGAAGCUUCAGUAACUGAAUUGUUUAAAAAGCCUACAAGAAUUCCUCCAGAGAAAGAAGACAUGAUUCAUGAGUCACUGAGUCGUAUUAAAUCUAUAGAAUAUGACUUACAGAAGACAAAGAAAGUGCUGCUUGCAACAGCAUCAAAACAAGUGGAGUUGGCAGAGUCUCUAGAAAGUUUGAAGGAGAACAACUCAAAAGGAACAAAUUCUUGUUGGCUGAGGAAAUGCAACUCUUCCCACCAUGAAAGAUGAACACCAUUGCUGGAAGACACAAGUUCUUUUUUUUUUUUUUUUUUUUCUCUCAAGUUGAACUCGGACAAAUGACGGCCAAUAACCACCUGUUUCCAGCUCCUGAAUGAUUUUGAUGGGUUGCAUUCACUCUAGGUGACAAUCUCCUUUCUAUACAUUCUAAGAAAGCAAAUAUGGUUCUGUCUGCCUCUCCGUCUCUCUCUCUCUCUCACACACACACUUCACUUCAUUUUUUCCUCAGGUUUUCUAGUUGGACACUGUCAUCUCUCAUUUCCUAUUUUUUUCCUCCUCAGGUUUGAGUUGGUGAUCGAAAGCAACAGGUCUCGGAUCCAUUUUUUUUCAGAAAGAUAAAAUAGCAGUGAGUGCAACGCUGGCUGAAAAUUUCCUCCAUGUUUUUGUACAUAGUUUGAUAUUUCACCCUUCAUAUUCAGUGCGAAAAGCAUAUUUACAAAACCAUAGGCUUGUUCAGGGCAAAUUUUGGUAUGUAAAACUUAAAUUGUUGUUAUUUAUCUGUUAUUAAUCUUUCAUCUUAUAGCCUAAA